AUGGCCAGUUCCAGUACUAGUAGCAGUGUGUCGGACAGAUCCCCACCACAAAAACUCCCCCUUCUUCAAGCGCCGUCACCAGGAUUGACAGCUGGCGUCCGUCCCUUGAAAAUAUCGCGUCCUGCAAGUCAGAAUGCCACAACGACAACCAACGCUCACGUGCCCUUCGUCUCCUGGCGCUCUAUGACGAAAAGGAAGGGUGCCGGAUCAGAUCGCGUUGCCGGUAGACACUGGCUCCAGAAGCAGCGGAGGGCCCUGACGGCGCCGCCAGGCCAGACGAUUAAUUUCACGCCAGUAUUCAACUCGGAUGUUGUCAACUCGUCGUUUGCGGUGAAUGCCGGCGCCGCGGGACCUGCUGAUGCGCCAGAAUCACCCUCCGCUAGUGCGCAUGCUGACGGACCUGACGAUACUGAAGACGAUAUCGGGGAGCAGGAGCGAGGAGAGGCUGAUGGUGGCCUGUUGCCUUCAACUGUCGGGGGACCCGUUCUGGCCGAUGAGCGCGUUAUUGAAUCCCUCACUGCAACUUACCAGCGUCAAUCUCAUCGCUGGCGUCUAGCCUCUGGUCGUGACGUCGAGACUGUGCUUUUCGAGAACUGUCGUCGCAUGAGCUUUCCCGUCUCGGCUUCAUCUCUUGCACUAUCUUUUACCAUCGACCUCGACGACCCAAAUAUGCGCUCCUGGUUUGAGCCCGAAGAAUUGGACGAGAUUAGCAAGUCGCUCCCUGAACCACCCAGCACCCCCGGCAUACUGUCGAUGGUGCAAUCGCUACACCGCUUCCGAUCCUGCAAGAGCCCUGCGGAUCUGCGUAAUGUCCUAGCAACUACCUCCUUCCUCGAGCCGGGUCAAACCUUUGAUGCGGAGCGCGACUUCCUUAGGAUGUGGGCUGACCUUGUGAUACGCAAUCUACUCGUCCUCUGGGAAUCACCCGCCCACCCCCUCCGUAGCCAACAACUGGAAGACUUUUACUCAAACCUCAUUUGGGCGCCCAUCCUCGACCAGUGCUUUCUAUCCUUCCCCUCAAUCGUGCUUGUCCGCAAGGACUCGCCCUGCCGUUCUACCGCCGCUCGCAAAAACCGAGCGCGAACACUCGAUACCCGCAUGCGCCAGGGCAGACGACUCGACGGCGUAAUCAGGAGCACCGGGGACGAGGCCCAUGAAUUUGGUGGCAUGGAAGUGGCGCGCUCUGCAGCAGGGGGAUUGAAAUCUACCAAGCGGCUUGGUGACGAAGAAAAGCUCCUGAAGGCCCUCCGUGACAUGCUGGCGGUACUAUGCGGGCUUGUGAAUGUUUUGGGGGAGGACAAGCCGAGUCUGCAGGUAGUUGGUGUGCUCUGUGCAGGCUUGAAGAUGCAGGUUAUCAAGAUGGGGUGUUACCGAGAAGGCGGUGUUGCUGUGGUUCUUCGGCAGCAGGUUGUGGAGAUACCCGAGGAGCUCAAUGGGUUGACUGGGCUCACGAAGGUUUUGGUCAUGGUGGCCAGUAUGAAGGCCGUGGUUGAGCAGACGUCGAAGGCAAUAUCACAGCGACACAAUUCGACGAGCAGCGCGGAUAAGUCGGACGAGGACUUGAUAAAGGAGAUAUUGCAAGGGACGGUGACGGAGACAAACCUGGGAUGGGCGGCGGAUACCCCGUCGCCAGAGCCGUAG